ACGAUGUCCCUCUACGAGCUAGCUGGGCUCGACGGCCCACCCGCGCUGAAGCGAAAGGGCGCCCCUCCGGCGCCCGCGCCCGCGCCCACGCCCGCGCCCGCGCCCGCCGCCGCCAAGCCGCAGGCAAAGAAGGCGCCGCCGCCGCCACCGCCGCAGAAGGCCCCGCCAAAGCCUGCAACAGGCUUCCGACCCAUGUCGCUGUCAAAGCGGCCAGCCAGCACCGCCGCGGGAGGCGGCGGCGCUGCUUCCGGCGGUGGCGCUGCAGCUGCGUCAGCCGCCGGAAGCUCUGCUUCUGGUGGCUCUGUGUCCGGCGGCGAGGUUGUCGCCGCCGUCGGGGUGCGCGGGUGGUACAAGGACAUCAAGACGCCGUACGACCCGGCUGAGCCCAACGAGUUUGACGAGUGGCUGCGCAACCGCGACGCCAAGCGCAAGGCGGCGGAGCUCGAAGAGGCGCUGCGGAAGAAGAGGGCCGAAGCAGACCGCGCUCUCUCCUCGCUCACCGGCAGUGGCGGCGGCGGCGGCGGCGGCGGCGGCGGCGGCGGCGGCGGCGCGGUGGCCCGCAAGCCUCCUCCUCCUCCGCCGCUGCCAAAGGCUCCGGCGGCGCCUCCUCCGCCUCCUCCGGUGCCUGGUUUUGCGGCGGACGCGAGCGGCGAUCCGGGAUUGGCCAUGAUGAAGUCGAUGGGGUGGGUGGAGGGGCGCGGCCUCGGGUCGGCCGAGCAGGGCAUGACGACGCCGCUGGUUGCAAAGAAGACGACGGCGAACGCCGCCGUCAUCCUGGUCUGGCUGAGCGGCUGUCCGCCCCUCUCUAUUAGGAGCGAGUGCUCCAAGUACGGCGAGGUUGUCGACGUGCUUGUGCACGAGCUAGCCGCGGGCGCCACCGGCGCGGGCGGCGCGCCGCUGGCCGAGGAGCAGCGCGUGCGCGUCUUCGUCAAGUUCUCGAAGCCGGGCGCCGCGAUGAAGGCGCACACCGCGCUCACCCACGCGCACCGGGCCUUGCACUUUUAA